AUGAACACAAGGGAGGUUCAGGAGAUCCUAGCUGCUGCCAAAAGGAAUAACGUCUUCUUAAUGGAGGCUGUCUGGACUCGAUUUUUCCCAGUCUCUGUUGAGGUCAGAAGGCUGCUCUCUCAGGGUGAAUUGGGUGAUGUGAAGAUGGUGAGGAUAGAGUUUGGCGUGCCGAUUUUGCAUGUGCCGAGAUCUGUGCAGAAAGAACUAGGCGGAGGAGCAACGCUGGAUAUCGGCAUAUAUUGCCUGCAAUUUAUUUGCAUGGUGUACAAUGGCGAGAAACCAGAAAGCAUCCAAGCUGUUGGCAUAUGUGGGGAAACAGGUACAGAUGAGACCGUGGUUGUCACGCUCAAAUACUCAAAAAACAGAAUGGCUGUAUUCACGUGUUCUAAUGCCGUGCAGUUACCCAACGAAGCCAUUAUCAUGGGAACAAAAGACUCCAUAAAGAUUCCGUGUCCGAUGUGGUGUCCGACUACACUCAUUGUGAAUGGCAGAGAGAAGGAGUUUCCCGUUCCAGAGCCUCACAUGCCUCUCAACUUUUUGAAGAGCACAGGGAUGCGUUAUGAGGCAGAGGAGGUUCGACAGUGUUUGCUCAAAGGUUUGAAGGAGAGUGCUAUAAUGUCACAUUCAGACUCUCUCCUACUCGCUGGAAUUGAAGACGAGAUCCGUAGACAAGUUGGGGUUGUGUAUCCUCAAGAUUCAAUAUAA